GAGUUCCAUGUUGUUAUCUCCAGAAUCCAGAUCUUAUGACUUUGCUGAAGUACCAUGUGUGAUGUCUAAAAAUAUCUCUCCCUUGUAGCUACAUAUUUCUAAUAAUGAAAAUUAGUUUUUCCUGUCCGUCUGGGAAGUGAUAACUUGCCGUCGUGGUUUGUUCUUAUUGACUGUUCUCUCAGCUAAAAACGUGUGCAGAUGACCACUUCAUUAUCAUUGUGUUUGUGUUUAUCCUCACCUCUUGCGUAGACAACACCUUGUCAUUUGUAGUAUGAUGAUUUGUGUUGUUCCCAUCUCGUAAAGUAAACUAUGUCUUCAAGAGUCCUCAAGAAACUAGGGCUGCAGGGUGAGAAAGAUAUCACAUUCUUACCUGAAGAUGGAAGUGAUGCUGAAGGUGAUCUCUCCCAUUCAAGUGGGGCAAGGAAAAAGCAGCUGAAUCUUAACCGCUAUGAUGUGUUAAAUGAGCAGUCCCACUCAGAAUCGGAAGUGAAGGAGGAUGAUGAUCAUGAAACAACCAGCUCUUUGACGAACAAUGAUCUGGGACAAGUUGAAAUCAAGGAAAUUUCAAGGAAAAAGAAAAAGAAGAAGAAAAGGAAAGCUCACCGAGUCCCUGCAAACGCAAGGAGUAGUGAGGAUAAUGCAGAG